AUUUCGUUUUCCGCUGAGGAAAAAUGAAGCGCAGUUUAAGCGACAGUGACAGCGAGAGCUUAUUCGAUGACGAUUUGAAAUCAAGUGGAUCACCAUCACAGAGCUGCCAUGUUACUGACAGAAAAAAGAGACGUGGGGUUAUCGAAAAACGCCGACGUGACAGAAUCAAUAACAGCUUAUCCGAACUCCGUCGUCUUGUUCCAUCUGCUUUUGAAAAACAGGGUUCAGCGAAACUGGAGAAGGCUGAAAUUUUACAGAUGACCGUUGAUCACUUAAAAAUGCUCCACCAAAAAGGUCUUAAUGGGUACAAUUACCCAGACCCACACAACCUUGCUGUGGAUUAUAGAGGCGUUGGUUACCGGGAAUGUGCCUCCGAGGUUGCUCGUUACCUCGUAGCUGUGGAAGGAAUGGAUUUGCAAGAUCCAAUGAGAAUGAGGCUGUUGAGUCAUCUUCAGUGUUUCUCUGCUCAAAGAGAAGCUGCUGCCAAAGCCUCACUUCAGAAUUCAACAUGGAGUAGCAUGACACCUCAUGCACCAAUCACCAAUCAGUAUGGCACCGGAAGUAGUAUGCAAUCUAUGGGAUCUAUGAUUUCAUCACAGCAGAACAACCAAUCAGAGUUGGCAAUGAGUACUCAUUCCUCCCAUCAAGGCAUUUCAUCAGUGUCCUUCAGUGAAGCCCGUGUCAGCCAACCCGAAUCGCUUCACGGGAACCUCCGACUUCCUUCCAGUAUGAACGUGCCUCUGCACGGACAAAUGUCAAACAUGAACACAGCUGCCGGACAGCAAGUAUCACCAUCGUUGAUUCCACAAUUACAUGGACAGUUUCCGGUGUCGUUAAAUUCAAUGCAAAGUAUGAUGUCGCAAAAUGGCUCCAAUAAUUACAAUAAUAAUGCCGUGAAACCUUACAGGCCGUGGGGGAGCGAACUAGCUUACUAAUAUAUAGUGGCACUUUGCGGUGUGUUUUUCGAAGUUAAUUACACUGUACGAGAAAAAUGAAUGACGAGAAAAUGAUUUUUUUGUGAUGCAGCCCAGCUGAAAUCAUUCCAUGGAUUUUGUUGGAUACUUUAUACUUAGUGAAUGUGAACACUUGUUAUUUGUGUUUGUUUUGAAUAUGUCUUGCUUUUUACAAUAUUUGUAAAAACAUAUGUGUGUUAUUUAGACAACGAAGUGCUCCUUAAUAUCUAUUUUACGAUGAAGGCCUUAUAUCAAAAUGUAUAUCAUUUUAUGCUCUUAAUAUUAAAUUCUACAAAUGACAUUCGCAAGUUCCUUUCUACGAAAACGACAUUUUUUUCCAGAAGCAAACGAUCUUGGUAGGAAAAAGGUUAGGAAUGGUGUCAUACAAUGAACGGAUAUUCUUACUAAAAGAUGUCUGUAAAUGUACAAUCAUUUUUAUAUUAAGAAAUGUUUUAUUUAUUCAUGCUGAUGUUACGUCGAUGCAAUUUCAUUGUGUUUUGUACAAAACUUUUUUUGAAAUGAUUAUUUUUCUUGGCAUGAAACAACAUGAAAAAGCUUCCAUUGAAUGAUAUCAAUCAGUACUUACAAUGAUGCAAUGUUUUUUAAUAACCUAUAUGCAGUGCCUAAUAACUACACACAACUAAUUUAUUUUUUGUAUAUCAAAGUUGAAUAUUGACUGUUUUGAAAAGUGUGCCAUGUCUCGGGAUUAUAUGCAAUACCUAUUCUAGUUAAUAUUACUAGACUGGUCUAGAUAAUCGUAAUAUUGUGCUGUGUAUGAAGUAAGAACUGUUUUCCUUUUUUCUUUUUUUUAAAUUUUUUUUUAAUUUUGUAAUUUUCUAGGUUUAUUCGUUGUUAUGUUUGAGAUAAAUGUUUUGUUUUCGUUUGUGUAGAAAGCUGCUUAACGUUUCUUCUUUUAUCACCUGCCACGCAAAAUGUCUGUCCGUUAGAAGUAUUAAAUACUAAACUGAUAGCUGGUAGUUAUCAAAUGUCAUGAUCCAAUGACCUGUUUCCUAUCACAACGUGUUUUAAUGUCGUAUUGCCAUGGUAAUUAUGUUCACUGUACUAUAAGAUAUAGAACGAAAAUAACUGCACUUGUCAUUGAAGAAAUUCUAAGGUACAUAAAGGAGAAUUAAGUUUAAGUCAUAUGAAUAUUAGUGUGUAUAUAAGUCAAUAGACAAUAUAAAAGAAACAUUUGUCUUUUCUCAAAACAAUUCAUGUGUUUUCACUUUAUUAUAAAACGCUUUAUCUUCUCUUAUCAAAGCUGUUGUCUCGACCACUUUAAAACUAGGCUAUAAACUAUGUUUAAAUGUUCUCUGGCUCGUCUUACUAUCCAUGAAUUUCGAAAUGCAUAUCUAUGACGUAACUUUCUCAUUUCAUAUUUUUUAUUUUCUAUCCUAAGGCUCAUUUUAGCUUAAUCAAAUACAAUGAAUUCGAGAACUGUUCAAUAAUCUAUUACAACAGAUCGGCGUUUUGACGACUUUCACAUUCAAAGUGCUGGAUAUGUUUACGAUUGACAUUGAUACGUGAAGCGAAUUUAUUUCUGAAAAGAAUACACUCUGGCGUGAAGACCAACCCUCUACUUACAGAUACUUCACGUUUUUGUUACGUUAGCAUUUCUUUAAUUGCAAUCCUGAGUGAAUGGAGAUCAUAAUAAAUAAAAAUCACGCUAAAUAUUGAAUUUAAUUAAAUUAACACUAUCAUAUACAGCAAUGUCCCACUUUGCUCAAUACUGCAUAGACCCUACUGAAAAACAAAUCUGUUUAUAUAACGGUGUGUGACAGUGUGUGAAUAGAAAUGUUUUGCAUUUGUGCUGCUUUUUAAGUGUGAUAUUAUUUUCAUUUUAGUCUCAUUUUAUUUGUACUUUUUUUGCUGUUAUCAGUUUUAUAGUCAUAUUUUUUUUUUGCUUUUUUGUUAUGUUGUUUUGUUGAUUUUAACUUUAUUUUCUUAUAUCAAAUAUAUAUUGCAAGCGCCAAAUAAAAAUAGGUAUUUGUACAUAGAUAUACAUGUUUUUAAUGAAUUAAAUAGACUUGUAUGAUUCAUUGACAACGACGGAGAUUUUUAUACCAUUAAAGUUAAUCAAUAUGAAUUCACCAAGGAG